AUGGACCUGGAGUACCGGUUUGCCACGACGUACUCGUUGCUGUGUUUGCACGUGUGGCUCAUCCUGGUGCGGCUGCGCGCGGAGGGCAAGGACGGCCGAGCCCUGGCGCAGAUGAUGUAUGAGAACUUCCAGGAAGAUGUGGAGCUGCGCGUGCGAGCAGAGGGGGUCAAGGUCAGGGUUGGGAAGUGGCUCACAGAUCUGGAGAAGAACUUCUACGGCAGCAGUAUGGCAUAUGACCAGGCCUUGAAAGGAGAAGGGGAUCUCACAGAGGCGCUGCUGCGCAAUGUGUAUGGUCUGGACAGCGGCAAGCGCAAGCGAGCAGAAGCUCUGGCAAAGUAUGUGCAGAGGGAGGUUGCAUGCCUUGCCAUGACAGACUCCGAGGCUGUCAUGUCUGGCCAAGUCAGGUUCUCCACAGACUUCUUAUAG